AUGUGCGCGGCGAGGCGGAUGCUGCUGCUGCUGCUGGCGUUCCUGGCCUACGCGCUGGAUUCGGCCGCAGCGUACGGCACGGCGGAGACCCUCUGCGGCGGGGGGCUGGGAGGCAACACGCCGGUGGGCUGCGGGACUUCAGGUGUUUUUUGGAGUAGACCGGUGGGACGAAAUAACCGGCGGAUCAACCGGGGGAUCGUGGAGGAAUGCUGCUUUCGGAGCUGCGACCUGGCUCUGCUGGAAACCUACUGCGCCAAGUCCGUCAAGUCGGAGCGCGACCUCUCCGCCACCUCCCUGGCAGGGCUGCCGGCUCUCGGCAAGGAGAGCUUCCAGAAGCCCUCGCACGCCAAGUACUCCAAGUAUGAUGUGUGGCAGAAGAAGAGCUCCCAACGGCUGCAGCGGGAGGUGCCUGGCAUCCUGCGGGCUCGCCAGUACCGGUGGCAG